GUCUUUCACAGAAAUGUUGUUUGAGAUCUUAAACUCAUCCAAAGUUAGCUUUCAGGACUUCUUCUUUACUCUGUUUUAAAUUUUGACAGGGGCUUGUAGCUUGGAUCUUUGUGGAUUCUUCCUUGUAAUUAUAAAUGGGUUCCAAUCUACAUGAUGGAGAUAUUUUAAUUUCCAAACAUCCACUCGGACAGCCUGCUCUGGAGAAAAGGAUUAUGCGCUACUCCAACUUCCAUCAUAUUUUAUUAGUGGGGGAAGGAGAUUUUUCAUUUUCUUCGGCUUUGGCCAAAGCAUUUGGUUCUGCAGAAAACAUCGUUGCCACCUCUCUUGACAGCAGAGAGGAGGUCAUAAGUUCAUAUAUUUACGGCCAAGAUAACCUUCGGAGUUUGGAGAAGCGUAGAGCAAUGACAUUGCAUAGUGUUGAUGCAAAAACAAUGAAAAAGCAUGAGAUAUUAAGAGAGAUGUUGUUCGAUAGGAUUGUCUUUAACUUCCCUCAUGCAGGCUUCUUUGGGAAGGAAACUGAUAACAAACUUAUCGAAAAGCACCGUCAUUUGUUGAAGAUGUUCUUCAAGAAUGGAAUGGCUAUGCUUAACAACAUGGGAGAAAUCCAUGUUACCCACAAAGAAAAAGAUCCAUAUGACAAGUGGAAACUUGUGGAACAAGCAGAAACAUGCGGUUUGCUUUUUAAAGAAUCCGUUGACUUUAACAAAGCAGAAUACCCUGGCUACACUAAUAGAAGAGGAGCGGGGCCUAACAUUGGCUAUACUUUCCAUUUGGGAGAAUGUCGGACUUACAUGUUCAUCGUAAGGGAAUCCAUGACCACACCAUGUAUGUCACUUAACUACAACAAAGAGUCAGUAUAUGAAGCUUUGAGAUUGAAAGAAGAUGCAGCUAAUCAAAGAGAUGCGACUAUUUUGGAGCUUGGAAUUGAAAGGAAAGCCAGAAAGGAUGCUGAAUCUGCAAAAGCAAAUAUUGAGGGUUCACUUAACUACAACAAAGAGUCAGUAUACGACUUUCAAAUCAAGAAAAUCAAUCAACUAGAGAGACAAAGAGAUGAUGCUCUUUAUCAACAGGAAGCAGCCUGCAGGGAAAAGGAAAAGAUUGCCAGACAACUAAAUGAGGUCUCGAGAUUAAAAGAAGAAGCAAUUUAUGAAAAAGAAAAGAUUUUGAGGGAAUGCAAUGACCUUGCCAACCAAAAGGAUGAAAAUGUUUAUUGGGCUAUUGUUGCGUUCUGUGGCUUGGGUCUUUGCAAAAUUGUUUCUUCAAUGUACAGUCGGAAGAAGUAAGCAUAAAAGAAUAAGUUGUUCUAAUAACGAAGACUUCACAAACAAUGCAGUUUCUGUUUAUUGAUCUUAUAACUAUUAACUUCAGCAACUCGGGUUAUUUGCCAAUGACAUAUUCUUAGUUAACGAUUACUAGAUUUUUAAGUUUCAGCUUAACUGUAAUAGCUUAUGUGAAAUAUAUGAGAAAUUUACCUAGUAAAUUCAGAA